CGCUAACACGACCGGGAGCUUACGGAGAAAAAACACGCUAUUUUUUGUAGUGUUUGUCGCGGAAAUGUAUUCCGAGGUAGGAUUCAGUUUGUGUAGGCGCCGUAAUCUGUCAGUUUACAAUGAGAAAUGAAGCCAGGCGAUCAUAGCUAAAGCCUGUUAGCACCGCGCAGAGGCAGCUAACAUCGGAGGCGAGCUGUCGGCGUUACCCUGGUAGUGAUAAACAAGGCGCCGCUCACACCCAGCCUGUCUCCAAAGACUUACUAGAAAUGAUCCUUUCCCGGGUGAAGCCCGCCGUGGGAGGCGAAACGCCGACCAGCAUCGGUGAGAAGAAGAAGAAGAGCAGAACCAAGGUUCCCAGUCUGGAGGAAUACCUACAGCUGAGGGACUACCUCGGGGCCUUAACACUGUUAGAGUUUCAGAGAAGUAUCGGAGAGAAAGAGGAGCAUGCAGACCUCUGGAUUGGCUACUGCGCCUUCCACCUGGGUGAUUACAAGAGAGCUAUGGAGGAGUACAAAUCUCUGACCACGAAGCCAGACUGCCCUGCUGAGGUUUGGGUCUAUCUGGCCUGUGCUCUGUUUUUCCUGGGUCUCUAUAAAGAGGCUGAAGAGGCUGCAUCUAAAGCGCCGAUGUCUCCCCUCCAAAACCGGCUGCUGUUCCACUUGGCCCACAAGUUUCAUGAUGAGAAGAAGCUGAUGGGUUUCCAUCAGAACCUGGAGGACGUGACGGAGGACCAGCUCAGCCUGGCGUCCAUCCACUACAUGCGCUCACACUAUCAGGAGGCCAUAGACAUCUAUAAACGGCUGCUGCUGCAGAACAGGGAUUAUCUGGCCGUCAAAGUGUACGUGGCUUUGUGCUACUACAAACUGGACUACUACGACGUGUCUCAAGAGGUGCUGGCCGUGUACCUGCAGAGCAUCCCCGACUCCACCAUCGCUCUCAACCUCAAGGCCUGCAACCACUUCAGGCUUUACAACGGCAAGGCCGCCGAGGCUGAGCUAAAGAACCUAAUCGACAUCUCCUCCUGCUCCUUUGAGUUCGCUAAGGAGCUUAUCCGACACAACCUGGUGGUGUUUCGUGGCGGAGAGGGUGCACUGCAGGUACUGCCUCCUCUGAUCGAUGUGAUUCCCGAAGCCAGACUCAACCUCGUCAUCUACUAUCUGAGACAAGAUGACGUCCAGGAAGCCUACAACCUCAUCCAAGACUUGGUGCCGACCACACCUCAGGAGUAUAUUUUGAAAGGAGUGGUGAACGCCGCACUGGGACAAGAAAUUGGAUCAAGGGAUCACUUGAAAAUUGCGCAGCAGUUCUUUCAGCUGGUCGGAGGCUCGGCCAGCGAAUGCGACACUAUUCCUGGCAGACAGUGCAUGGCCUCCUGCUUCUUCCUCUUGAGGCAGUUCGAAGACGUUCUCAUCUAUCUCAACUCGGUCAAGAGUUACUUCUAUAACGAUGAUACCUUCAACUUCAACUACGCCCAGGCCAAAGCAGCGCUUGGUAACUACAAAGAAGCAGAAGAGUUUUUUCUGCACAUUCGGAGUGAGAAGAUCAAGAAUGAUUAUGUUUACCUGAGCUGGCUGGCUCGAUGCUACAUAAUGAACCAGAAGGGGCAGCUUGCCUGGGAGCUCUAUCUGAAGAUGGGCACGUCCUCAGACUCCUUCAGUCUGCUGCAGCUCAUUGCCAACGACUGCUACAAGAUGGGUCAGUUCUACUACGCCGCCAAAGCGUUUGAUGCGUUGGAGAAGCUGGAUCCAGGCUCCAACUACUGGGAGGGCAAGAGAGGAGCGUGUGUCGGCGUCUUCCAGCUCAUCCUGGCAAACAAGGAGCCCAAGGAGACGCUGAAAGAGGUGCUCGUCCUCCUGCAGAAUUCAGGAAACCCCCAGGUGGAGUACAUCAUUCGAGCUCUGAGGAAGUGGGCCAAAGACAACAGAGUCCUCCUCUCCUGACGGCGGUCGCCUCCAUGAACGUGCGCCCUCUGAACUCUCACCAUAGGUGUAGCUCCUUUAUGCAGACCUCAGCAGUCUUUCGCUAUUCAUCUGAAACUCGCCACUUGAAUAAACUGUAUAAAUAUUUAUGCCACAAGAAGAAGAAUUAACAUUUCUCUGCUAUAUACUCCAAAAUGUCUAUUUUGAAUGUGUUGUCUGCAUCCUUUGUAUUAAAAUGUGAAUGUAUUUUUUAAAAGAGUUGUGUGGACUGAUGAAUCUGGAUGGCAGGAGGUUCUCACCUCUGCUGCACUGGAGCAACAAGCAAAA